UGCACUAAAAUUGCCCAAACGCGUUGCCUCGUAGUCGCUUGUGACGUGUUGUUUUUUUGUAAACUAUGUUUUUCACCUUCUAAACCGGGAAUAGUUUGCUGAAUAUUAACCGAAAUCCAUCUUAUUCGCCGGCCACCACACACACAACACAAUGCUGACCCUGCGGGAGCGCCAAAUCAAUGCCAUUAAGCAGAUGCUUAAUCUGAACUCGCAGCAGCCGAAGGCUCUGGCUGCGGAGCCCGUGUGGAAGAUCCUCAUCUACGAUCGCGUCGGCCAGGACAUUAUAUCGCCGAUUAUUUCCAUCAAGGAGCUGCGCGAACUGGGCGUGACCCUGCAUGUGCAACUCCACUCAGAUCGCGACUCCAUCCCGGACGUGCCGGCCAUCUACUUCUGCCUGCCCACCGACGAGAAUCUCGACAGGAUCCAGCAGGACUUCUCCAACGGCCUGUACGAUGUCUAUCACCUGAACUUCCUGGCGCCAAUAACACGCAGCAAGAUCGAGAAUCUGGCAGCUGCCGCCCUGCAUGCCGGCUGCGUGGCCAACAUUCAUCGCGUCUACGACCAGUACGUGAACUUCAUCAGCCUGGAGGAUGACUUCUUUGUGCUGAAGCACCAGCAGAGCGAGCAGUUGUCCUACUACGCCAUCAAUCGAGCCAACACCCGCGACGAGGAGAUGGAGGCGCUGAUGGACUCCAUUGUCGACUCUCUGUUCGCCCUGUUUGUGACCCUCGGUAACGUUCCGAUCAUCCGGUGUCCGCGGAACAGUGCCGCUGAGAUGGUUGCUCGCAAGCUGGAGAAGAAGCUGCGCGAGAACCUGUGGGAUGCGCGUGCUAAUCUGUUCCACAUGGAUGCCACGCAGGCGGGCGGCGGAGUGUUCAGCUUCCAGCGGCCUGUGCUUCUGCUGCUGGACAGAAACAUGGAUCUGGCCACGCCGCUGCAUCACACAUGGUCGUACCAGGCGCUGGUGCACGAUGUCCUGGACUUGGGACUGAAUUUGGUCUACGUGGAGGAUGAAACAGCAAGUGCAGGAGCCCGGAAAAAGCCAAAGGCCUGCGAUUUGGAUCGCAACGAUCGCUUCUGGAUGACGCACAAGGGCAGUCCGUUCCCCACUGUGGCCGAGGCCAUCCAAGAGGAGCUGGAGUCCUAUCGCAACUCCGAGGAGGAAAUCAAGCGCCUGAAGACCUCGAUGGGCAUCGAGGGCGAAUCGGACAUAGCCUUCUCUCUGGUCAACGACACCACUGCCCGGCUGACCAAUGCCGUCAAUUCACUGCCGCAGCUGAUGGAGAAGAAGCGCCUGAUCGAUAUGCACACCAAGAUCGCCACUGCUAUCCUAAACUACAUCAAGGCUCGCCGGCUGGACUCUUACUUCGAGAUCGAGGAGAAGGUGAUGUCGAAGCAGACGCUGGACAGGCCGCUGCUGGACCUGCUACGGGACGGGGAGUUUGGUCAGGCGGAGGAUAAGCUGCGUCUGUACAUCAUCUACUUUAUCUGCGCCCAGCAGUUGCCCGACUCGGAGCAAGAGCGGCUCAAGGAGGCGCUCCAGGCGGCCGGCUGUGAUCUGACCGCCCUGGCAUAUGUGCAGCGCUGGAAGGCGAUCAUGAACCGAUCGCCGGGAAUAAGUCAGGCAACCCAGUACGAGGGCGGCGGAACCAAAACCGUGUCCAUGUUCACCAAGCUCGUCUCGCAGGGCAGCUCCUUUGUGAUGGAGGGCGUCAAGAAUCUGGUGGUGAAGCGGCAUAAUCUUCCAGUGACCAAGAUCACCGAACAGGUGAUGGAGUGUCGCAGCAAUGCUGAGACGGAUGACUACUUGUAUCUGGACCCCAAGCUUCUCAAGGGUGGCGAUGUAUUGCCCAAGAAUAGGGCACCAUUCCAGGACGCUGUGGUCUUUAUGGUCGGCGGAGGGAACUAUAUCGAGUACCAGAACCUGGUGGACUUCAUCAAGCAGAAGCAGACGUCUAACGUUCAGCGACGCAUCAUCUACGGCGCCUCCACGCUAACCAAUGCGCGGCAGUUCCUCAAGGAGCUCUCAGCCCUGGGCGGCGAGAUCCAGUCGCCAUCGACGUCGUCGGCGAGUUAGGAGCGACUGCUCCGAUUCCAUUGCUGCUGAGCGGAGUGGACAGGGACUGGGCUGGGUGCGCAUGUGUGUCUGUGUGGCUUCUGUCGUUUACUUUAAGCAUAUCCAAAAAUAAAUUAAAUGCCAGGCAAAAGAAAAAAAAA